ACAGGGCCCAGAAUUUUGAGCUACGCCCCUGGAUCCAUGACAGAUAACUGAUAACUUUUUUACCUCGGACGUAUGGUGAUUCCUGGGGAAAAAGAGAAUUGAUCUGGAGUGGAUUGGGGAUGACUGACAGGCGUCUAUACACAUUUGCUCAACUUUUUUAGUGACUGAAUAAAACAUUCUGGUGGUUGUGAUGUUCAGCUCCUUCUCCAACUCACAUAUUUGUGGUUUCACACCUGUUCAGAGCAUUGUUUCCUCUGUCAUCUUGGCAUCACUGAGACACUACACUCCAGCCAACCCACCACAUGCAUGUUUGAUCCUGGGGACUGAUGACAUAGAGGUCCUGGUGAGAUGUCCUUGAGUAACAACGAGAGCCAGUCUUCUCCGUCAACGACAGCUCUGCCUCUGCCCUUCAACAGUUCCACCUCUACACAUUCCUUACCUUGGGAGGAGGGAAGAACCACUCAUGAGUCUGUGCAGGAGUGGUUGGGGAAUAAGACCCAACUCCUCUCAGACCUCGCUGUUCUCGGGCAUGAUGAGCAGUGCUCUAUGUCUCCUGUCCUCACAGCGUGUCUAGUUGUGUGGUACAGCAUGACAAUGGUGCUGGGGCUGGUGGGGAACAUUGGCCUUAUCUGCAUCAUCGCCCGUCGCAGAGAAAAAGUCAACGUCACUGGCAUUUUCAUCUGCAACCUGUCAUUCUCUGACAUCGUAGUGUGCAUCUUCUGCCUCCCCUUCACUGUCAUAUACACACUAAUGGACCAUUGGGUGUUUGGGGCGCUGUUAUGCCGACUGGUGCCAUUCAUCCAGUGUGCGUCUGUGACCGUGUCUGCACUGUCUCUGGUGUUCAUCGCUCUGGAAAGACAUCAGCUCAUUAUUAACCCCUCUGGGUGGAAACCAAGCAUUCCUCAGGCCUACGUGGUGGUCGUUCUCAUUUGGAUUCUGGCCUGCUUCACCUCCUCACCAUUCUUGGCCUUUCAGCUACUCACAAGUGAGCCAUAUACCAAUUUGAACCUGCACCAGUCUCCACUCCAUCACCAAGCCUCUGCUCAGACUAAUCCCAAUGUUUCCUACACAUACAAAAACUCAUCUGCGCUUCCAAAUUCAUACCGCAACCUCUUUUCUUAUGUCCCCACCUCUCCACAUAUAGAGGUCUGUCUGGAGCACUGGCCAUCCCAGCAAUACAGGCUCGCUUACACCACAUGGCUCCUGCUGUUCCAGUACUGUGGUCCACUAUUGUUGGUCCUGCUCUGUUAUGUUAGAGUUUUUGUUCGCCUUCGCCACCGCGAAGACAUGCUGGACCGUGCCAGGACCCCAGAGAGCCAGCGCUUGACCCACAUUCGCCGAAUCAACAUCAUGCUGGUCGCCCUCAUAACAGCCUUUGCUCUUUGCUGGCUGCCGCUCACCAUCUUCAACGCGGUGUCAGACUGGAACCAGGAGGCUCUGCCCAUCUGCCACCACAACCUGCUGUUCUCCCUCUGCCACCUGCUGGCCAUGUCCUCCACCUGCAUCAACCCCAUCAUCUACGGCUUCCUCAACUCCAACUUUCAUCAGGAGGUGAGAGACGUGCUCCUGCACUGCCGCUGCAGCCUGCUAGAGGAAGAGUGUGAGCGUUUCCCCAUGUCCACUGUGCACAUGGAGGUGUCCCACACCUCUGUGCCUCUCAACUGCAGGAGCAACUCUGUUUGACUUUGAUAUGACAACCCUGGAGGAUACUGCUGUAUUAGGGUAUAGUCCCAUACACGGUACAGUUGUAGGUCUAACUUCUGCUGUUUGUUCUACCUUUUAAUGGCGAUAUUGACAGUGGUAUAAAGUGCAACAUUUUUGUCAGUGGUUUGAAGUUAAAGUGUGCAGUACAAUGUUGGUUUAUCUUAUUCGGCAGCAGCAGUAAGGAGUGUGUUGAUUUACAAAAAAGGGAAUUUCUCAUUUCAAACUAAUCUGUGUCCCUAUUAAACGCUUCCUGCUAAUUGUAUACAAUAUUAUUCAUUACAGUGCUGCUUUUUUAAUUUUAACCAUUUUAUACUAACGGGAACUGAUCGAACGUGUGACCUGUUGGACGUCAAUUAAACUGUGACUUUAGCGAGCUACUGACCAACCUACGAUCAUCAAAACACAAAAUGAGGGAAUAUCUUUCGGAAUAAAUGUGUUGUUUGAAGCUGUUCUCGAGGCUGGUGGUAGACGAACAAACUGUUAAGAGACUUUCCUAUAUGUUGGUUUUUGUAGUGCUGCUGUUUUAUUUCUGACAUUUUAUUACUUAUUUUGU